CCAAGCGAAAAGCCUCUGAUGGCUAUGAAGAGGCGUUUGUGGUGUAAAUCUGCACAAUUAUGCCACUGUAUUCAUCGCAAUUUCUCAUCUUCUAGCAGCUCUCUUGAACCCUUCAAACCUCCUCCUUUUUUCCCUCAUAGAAGAGUUGUUGUCACUGGAUUAGGAAUGGUUACACCAUUGGGUUGCGGAGUAGAAACUACAUGGAAUCGGUUAAUCAAAGGGGAAAGUGGUAUCAGAGCUUUAUCUCUCGAAGACCUAAAGAUGAAUGGAUUCGAUCGAGACACUCAAUCGUAUACAUUUGAUCAAUUGACUUCCAAAGUGGCUGGUAUCGUGCCUUCUGGUACUAAACCUGGCGAAUUCAACGAAGCAUUAUGGCUCGAUUCCAAGCAUGGUAAAUCAAUGGCAAAGUUCAUAAGCUACGCCCUAUGCGCUGCAGAUGAAGCACUUAAAGAUGCAAACUGGAUACCCUCUGAGCAGGAUGAAAAGGAAAAAACUGGUGUUUCUAUAGGUGGAGGAAUUGGAAGCAUUGGUGAUAUACUAGAUGCAUCACAACUAAUCUGCGAAAAGAAACUACGACGCCUGAGUCCCUUUUUUGUCCCUAGAAUCUUAAUCAACAUGGCAGCUGGACACGUCAGCAUGAAGUAUGGCUUCCAGGGGCCAAAUCAUGCUGCAGUAACAGCUUGUGCCACAGGGGCAAAUUCAAUUGGUGACGCAGCAAGAAUGAUUCAGUUUGGAGAUGCUGACGUCAUGGUGGCUGGAGGAACAGAAGCUAGCAUUGAUGCUUUAUCUAUAGCAGGAUUUUGUAGGUUAAGGGCAUUAUCUACAAAAUACAAUUCUACCCCUCAAGAAGCUUCACGCCCUUUUGAUUGUGAUCGCGAUGGAUUUGUAAUAGGAGAAGGUGCUGGUGUUCUUGUUUUGGAAGAACUUGAACAUGCGAAAAAGAGAGGAGCAAAGAUUUAUGCGGAGCUUCGUGGUUAUGGGAUGUCAGGUGAUGCACAUCACAUCACACAACCACACACAGAUGGAAGAGGCGCCAUUUUAGCCAUGUCACGUGCUUUAAAACAGUCGGGUAUUUGCCAUGAUCAAGUGGACUAUGUGAAUGCACAUGCUACAUCUACGCCUCUUGGUGACAUGGUGGAAGCCCAUGCAAUCAAGUCGUUAUUUUCCAAACAUGCAAUGUCUGGUGCCUUAGCUUUUUCAUCCACAAAGGGUGCUAUUGGGCAUCUUCUAGGGGCUGCUGGAGCUGUUGAGGCAAUAUUUACAAUUCUUGCCAUUCAUAAAGGUAUUGCGCCCUUGUCGCUUAAUAUAAGUAACCCGGAUCCCAUUUUUGAAGAAGCUUUUAUGCCUUUGAAAACUUCAAAGAAGAUGCAAAUCAAAGCAGCUUUAUCAAAUGCUUUUGGAUUUGGAGGAACAAAUGCUGCACUUCUGUUUGCAAAAAUUUCAUAA